AUGGCCAUUCUCAGGACCAGGAGCCUCAAUUCAGGCGAGGCAGCAAGUUAUCAAGGGAGGAAGAUGUUUGUGAAAUUAACUGUGAAAAUGGAUGAAAGCAUGGAGCUGAUUGGAAUAUUUCCAGGGCUACAAGCUCAAUUCAAGCUGGAGUGUAGCACACGAUCGAACAAAAGCAAAAUUUCCAGGUGGAGAUUCAGCGCUGUGGGUGUGGUGCAGACUGCAGUGGCAGGCCAGCGGUCAUUAGCGCCAGCCAAGAAGAGGAAAGACACAGACAGACAGACCGGGAGCAAAGGCGAUGAGAUUGCAGUGCUGGAGAAGACGCUCUCGGGGGUCGAACAGUCAGUAGGAUUUUGCCAUAAUGAUCUGCAGUAUGGGAAUAUUAUGAUAUAUGAAGAGACCAGACAAGUCACCUUGAUUGACUAUGAAUAUGCGAGUUUUAACCCUAUUGCAUUUGACAUUGCUAAUCACUUUUGUGAGAUGGCUGCUGAUUACCAUACAGCGACACUACAUAUGUUGGAUUUUUCAAAAUAUCCUGACAUUGAGGAGCAGAGAAGAUUUGUUCAGACAUACCUUAGCUCCGCAGGUGAAAAGCCAUCAGAUGGGGAAGUUGAAAAACUACUAGGGUUGAUUGCAAAGUACACUCUUGCAAGCCAUCUCUUUUGGGUCCUGUGGGGAAUAAUCUCGGCACAUGUGAACAAAAAUAUCGACUUCGAGUACAAGGAGUACGCAAGGCAACGCUUGGAUCAGUACUGGCAAACAAAGCCUGGAAUGCUUGGACCCAACUGA